AUAUGUCAAUAAGUCUACGACCUUUAACUCUGCUCACAAGAAAUUUAUUGCUUCAAAGAGUUUUGCUGUAUAGAGCAGAAGCCACGUGUCAUCAUAAUAUGUAGUGUAAUUGUCAAAUCUGAUCGCCGGAGGACCUGAUUGGUUAAGCCAAGGUCACGAAAUCUGAUCGUCCAUGCUCAAAGGAACAGGCCGUGUGCCGCUUCUGUUCUCUUCGCUGGACAAUUAGAAGAAUGACUUCGGAAAUUGAUAAAGAGGAGUUAAAAAAGCGUUUGACACCGCUGCAAUGGCAUGUAACGCAGGAAAAGGGGACAGAGAGACCAUUCAGUGGUUGUUACAACAAAUUCUACGAAAGAGGCACAUACACCUGUAUAAUUUGUGAUCAAGAAUUAUUUUCUUCUGAUACAAAAUAUGACAGUGGCUGUGGUUGGCCUGCAUUCAACGAAGUAUUGGAACAGGGACGAGUCAAGUUAACCAAAGAUACUACGCAUGUUGGUGGAAAUCUACUACUGCUGAUCGCAAACCCAGAUAUGGUGCGGACUGAAGUAACCUGUUCGAAGUGCGGUUCACAUUUGGGGCACGUGUUUAACGAUGGUCCAAAGCCCACAAGGAAGCGAUUUUGCAUCAACUCUGCAUCCAUAAACUUCCAUUCGGCAGGAGAAGAAAAGAAGACACCAUCAUAAGACUAGUGGAGAAAGAACUUUAAAUAAGAUUUUAGGAAAAGAAUGAUGAAGUCAAACUUGUACUGAUAAAAAAUUUAUAUUUCUUAACAAAUACUGUGACUGCAUAUGAUACUUUCAAUUAGAUUUUGCUACUACCAUUUAAAAAUUUAGUUACUUUUUGAAAAGAAAAUAUGUAAACAUCGUACAUAACAAAAAAAUAUUUUUACGUUAAAUAUUAUGAGCAAUAUUUUCAUGUAUAUUGCAUAUUUAUUAUGAACAGCUUCACUGUCUAUACUUUAUAAAUGCUAAAUUUGUUUCUAAUUAUUAGAAGCAUAGAUUCCACAAGAGGAUAUAAAUAUAUGUAUUUAUGCAUAAUACAGUGAUAACUUAUGUCAUAUUAA